AUGUCGGUCCCAGUCACUUCGUACCGCAGCUUCCAAUCGUGUUUCAAGGCUGGAUUCGAAGACGAUCCAGACUGGCGGCCCUCAAACUUUUACCGUGCCCCAGCCGGGGUCAUCCUCGGUACCGAGCCCAAAGAAGAUCGGACCACCUGGCCUGAGACCGGUCACCCAGGUCCAGAGAUUACUGCUUUCAUCUUGUCCCUCCUAGGUUACGACUCGAUACAGGGUGACUUAUCUCGAAAGACGGUGACGGUGGUAAGGAACGAGUUUAUGGAGAGCUGUGGUACGGGACAGGAGGUGGUGGACGCGCUAGAAGCUGCUAAUAAGAUGGAUCGGCUGCUUUGGGAGCGGUUUGAUGAUGAGCCACAUGACUGGCUCGCCAAGAGUUUUGAAGAAGGCAAUACAGAGGCAUUGUGGACUAGGCAACACGAUUUGAUAGUGGAGUUGGAAGACGAUUAUCAGAACGUCCAGGUGCUGAAUGUCGAUAGGGAAGGGAUGGGGCCAUACAUGAAUUGA